GACGGUGGCUCGGUGGACAGUCAGCGGACACUCUGGUGCCAGAAGAGGCGGAGGAGGUGCUUCAGAAAGUUACCUGAGGAGUCCCGCUGCGGUGUGGGGUUCGGAGACGCUGACUCACGGUCUGCUCCAGGACGCUUCUGGUCCUCAACAGCGCGACUCUCCGCACUCUGAAGCGGACCUCUCGACGGGAGCCGUUCAUCCGAGGAGCUGAAUUCACCCAACGCAUUCCUGAAGUUGUCGCUCACGAGCUGCGGAGAUGUUCCAGAUUAAGCGGAUCUGUUGCAUCGGCGCUGGGUAUGUCGGAGGACCGACAUGCAGUGUGAUCGCUCACAUGUGUCCUGAGAUCACAGUGACUGUGGUGGACAUCAACGAGUCCCGCAUCAAAGCCUGGAACUCAGACACUCUGCCCAUUUAUGAGCCAGGACUGAAGGAAGUUGUUGAAUCAUGCCGAGGCAGGAAUCUGUUCUUCUCCACGGACAUCGACUCGGCCAUCAGGGACGCCGACCUCGUCUUCAUCUCCGUGAACACCCCGACUAAGACCUACGGGAUGGGGAAAGGCCGUGCAGCCGACCUGAAGUUCAUCGAGGCGUGCGCUCGCCGUAUCGUGGAGGUUUCUGACGGCUACAAGAUUGUCACCGAGAAGAGCACCGUCCCCGUACGGGCCGCUGAGAGCAUUCGGCGAAUCUUCGACGCCAACACCAAACCCAGCCUCAACCUGCAGGUGCUGUCAAACCCAGAGUUCCUCGCAGAAGGAACAGCCGUGCGGGAUCUGAAGGAACCGGACCGUGUCCUGAUCGGUGGAGACGAGACAGCCGAAGGUCAAAGGGCAAUCAAAGCACUGUGUGCUGUGUACGAGCACUGGGUGCCAAAGACCAGGAUUAUCACCACCAACACGUGGUCGUCCGAACUGUCCAAACUGGCAGCCAAUGCGUUCCUGGCCCAGCGAAUCAGCAGCAUCAACAGUAUCAGCGCUCUGUGCGAAGCCACCGGCGCCGACGUGGAGGAGGUGGCGAAGGCCAUCGGCAUGGACCAGAGAAUCGGCAGCAAGUUCCUUAAGGCCAGCGUGGGUUUCGGUGGUAGUUGUUUCCAGAAAGAUGUGCUCAAUCUGGUGUAUCUGUGCGAAGCCCUCAACCUGCCUGAGGUGGCUUCUUACUGGCAGCAGGUGAUCGACAUGAACGAGUACCAAAGACGGCGGUUCGCCUGCAGGAUCAUCGACUGUCUCUUCAACACUGUUACUGGCAAAAAGAUCGCUCUGCUGGGCUUCUCCUUCAAGAAGGACACUGGUGACACCAGGGAGUCGUCCAGUAUCUACAUCUCAAAGUAUCUGAUGGAUGAGGGCGCCAAGCUGUUCAUCUACGAUCCCAAAGUACUCAAAGAGCAAAUCAUUCAUGACCUCUCUCAGCCCAGCAUCUCGGAGGACAACCCAGAAAGAGUAUCAGAGUUGGUGACUGUGACCUCUGACCCCUAUGAGGCUUGCCAGAGCGCACACGCCUUGGUCAUCUGCACUGAGUGGGACAUGUUUAAGGAACUGGAUUAUGAGAAGAUUUACAAGAAGAUGCUGAAGCCUGCCUUCAUCUUCGACGGCCGCAGAGUGUUGGACCACCUUCACCCUCUGCUCCAGAGCAUCGGCUUUCAGAUCGAGACCAUCGGUAAGAAAGUGACCACCGCGCGAAUCCCCUACACGCCGGCGGCCGUUGGUCCUCGCAUCACAGCCGUUGAACCUCCCACCAAGAAGGCCAAAGUCUGAAAGUUCUCCCUGACGAGCGUCAACGCAUUCCUCCUCUCGCUGCCUUCUCACACAUUUUUACAACAAAGAUUUUCCAUCUGCAGCUUUUCUGUUUUUUUUUUUUUUUUUUUUUUUUUUUUUGCCGCUGGGCUGUUGGAGAGAGGUGACACGGUGUGAUUGAUCGCUUCUCUGCAGGGAGCUGCUGGAGAGAAAGCAGCUGGUUGAGCUUUGUGUCAGAAAAAUGUGAAUGGUUGGAAGUUUUCGGGUGAAGUUUAUAAUUAAGUCAUUCCAGAUAUGCAAUUAGUUUUUAUACAUUUCACAUUCUCGGUCGCCUUUGGCAUCCAUGUCUGCUGUGCUCAUGUUGAAGGAACACUAUUCACGGGAGUCUACUUUAUUACGGUUUUACUAGAUAAUCAAGUAUUCUGUAAGAUUUUAUACCGUUUUUUAAACUAUUUUUAUAAAUCAGUCUUUUCUCUGUAUCAGUGGCCGGUGACUAUAAGCGUCAAUGCAAUAAAUAGAAUAUGAUUUAUGUACUUCAUGUUGGGUGUUUUAAGUUUUGGGGAUUCAGGUCAGGAGAAGGUUCAGGCCGCUUCAGUUUCCCGAUGAU